AUGACAGCCGGUGGAUCCUCAGGGAGGUUACCAACAUGGAAAGAAAGAGAGAAUAAUAAGAGGAGAGAGAGAAGGAGAAGAGCUAUAGCUGCUAAAAUAUACACAGGACUUAGAACUCAAGGGAAUUAUAAGUUACCAAAACACUGUGAUAACAAUGAAGUCUUGAAAGCUCUUUGUGCUGAAGCUGGUUGGAUUGUUGAAGAAGAUGGUACCACAUAUCGCAAGGGCUGCAAGCCACAUCUGACUGAGAUUGCAGGCACUCCAACAAACAUCAGUGCAUGUUCCUCAAUUCAACCAAGCCCACAAUCCUCAAAUUUUCCGAGCCCUGUACCUUCCUAUCAUGCUAGUCCGACAUCCUCCUCAUUCCCAAGUCCUACCCGUUUCGAUGCAAACCCCUCCACAUACCUCCUUCCAUUCCUCCAAAACAUAGCUUCAAUUCCCACAAAUCUCCCUCCUCUUAGAAUUUCCAAUAGUGCUCCUGUAACCCCACCACUUUCUUCCCCUACAUCUAGAGGUUCAAAGCGGAAAGCAGACUGGGAAUCCCUCUCAAAUGGCACUCUUAACUCAUUUCGCCAUCCCCUUUUCGCAGCUUCUGCCCCUUCAAGUCCUACACGACGCAACAAUCUAACGCCUGCCACCAUACCAGAAUGUGACGAGUCUGAUGCUUCUACUGUGGACUCUGGGCGCUGGGUGAGUUUUCAGGGAGUGGCACCCCAAGUAGCUCCUCCUUCGCCCACAUUUAAUCUUGUUAAACCAGUGGCUCAACAGAGUGGUUUUCAGGAUGGUGUUGAUAGACAUGGAGGUUUAAGCUGUGGGGCAGCAGCAGAAAGGGGGAGAGGUGUGGAGUUUGAGUUCGAGAAUUGUAGGGUGAAGCCAUGGGAGGGUGAGAGGAUUCAUGAGAUUGGGGUGGAUGAUCUAGAGCUCACUCUUGGAAAUGGAAAGGGCCAUGGCUAA